CUGGAACUGGUGCGGCUCCCGGAGAAGCCUUGAGUGAGUGAAAGAGAGCGAGAGGGAAAGAUAGAGGGGCGGAGGGGCUGCGCCGAACAGAGGUUGGGUCAGAGCGCUCCGUCGCUUCAGACAAUCACAAGAGAGAGAGAGGGAGGUUGAUAUGUGACAGGAUGUGGUUUCCCUGAGCUUGCAGAACAUAGCCGAGGCAUACUUUGAGCAUGACUUAAACGCACGCGCUCAAAGUGUUUGCUGCGCACGGUUAGCUAGUGAGCCUCUAGCGGGGAUAGAACAAGCUGGCGGAGCUACUGAUCCCAUCCAGAUUUGAGUCUUCUCGCUGUCUUUUUCCCCCUCAUUUGACCGAAAGCCUCAGUUCGAGCUGUAUCGGCAGGACCUGAGUGAAGAAUCGCAGAGGGUCUGAGCGUGGACUGUUGCGCGGUGCUGUUCUGCUGUCAUUAGAAUGUGUGUGAUUGUUGGAGGAGCCGUUCCAGUGGCUUUCUCUUGAUCUCAACAGUGAACUUUCCAAAUCCUGUAGUCAACAGCUUCUGAUCAGCAUGUACAGUGCAUACAUUCACAGAGGGAAAAGGAAAACAUUGACCACUCGUCUACAAGUUUCCUGCAUUUUACAGUAAAGGUCCACACACACUCUGGGGAGAUGGGCUGUGGACUGAGGAAGCUGAAGCCAUCAGAGGAGAGCAGUCCAGGGAAGAUCUACUCCACCCUGAAGAGACCACAGGUGGAGACCAAGGUGGGCGUGGCCUACACAUACCAAUACGUCGACUUCCUCGUAGGGAAUUACGAUGGCUCAUCUACACUGUGUCUUUCAUCUGUGCGGGAGCUCCCAGCCCAGCUCCAGGACCUGUACCAGCAGGGCUUCUCCCUGGUUGCUGUUCACCCCUUCAUUCAUCCCUGUGGUUCCGACGCAGUCAGCCCCCAGCACCAGCUCUACAGGGCCGUGCUGAUCCGACUCGAUGAUGGGUUGGAGAAGAGCCAGUCGAGCUGUGCUCCCUACCGUCUGCAGCUGGAGCAGUGUCUGUCUACCGACCAGGUGCCCACCCCUGAGCUCAUCCAGGGCUAUGUCAAGAAGCAGAUCCAGGAGGCUGCAGACCAGGGGGUCAUGUUUGUGGGCUUCAUCCAGGAGCCGUGUGGGGUACGAGGUACCCAGACCAGAGAACCAGAGACGCCCUCCCUCUCCCUCCACUCCAGCCCCAGUUCCGUGCUAGGCUCCCUGAGCAGCCGGAGCCCCACUAGCCCCCGGACCAAUGGAGAACCAGGAGCCCAGGAGCAGGCGAUGGACACUGGGGGCGGUGAGGACCAAGGCUCCUUAUGUAAGGGUGGGGAGGACCAGACUAGGGACACGGGGGGGAGUGAGACUGCUGUCGGGGAAAGCAACCAUGAUGGAAGAUCCUCUCUUCCCAUAACACCAUCCACAGAGAGCGAGCAAGAUCAUGAUCAUGAUGUUAUAGUGGAAGACACACUGACACACAACAAUAACAAGACAAACUUUGUGGAACUGAAGGAGAAACCAAGCUGUCACACUCAGAGAGCCAGUGGGGUGGAGCUGCUGGCCCUGUUCAACCACCCAACUGACCGUGAGGGCCAACUGAAGUACUACACUGGGAAGGUACCGCUGAGGGUUCAACUCCGUGACGAGGGGGUCAAAGGGGUGGAGGCCAACUGGCUGGAUCACAUGACUCAGCACUUCAACAAUGGGGCCUCGCUCGUUGAUGGAUACUUCCACCUGGGCAACGACAACGAUUUGCAGCCUAAAUCGGUGGAAAGCGUCUUCAUCUUCCAGGAGGGGACGGAGGGCGGCGACCAGAGCGUGACCACCACGUACGACGCCAUCGUUGUGGAGCAGUGGACUGUCAUUGACGGCCUGCAGGUGAAGACAGACUAUGUUCCCCUGCUCCAGUCUCUUGCCAUGUACGGCUGGAGACUCACAUGUGUGCUGCCUACACCCAUCAUCAAGACCAACAGUGAUGGAAGUUUGGCCACCAAGCAGGUUGUUUUUCUUCAGAGACCUGUCCUUCCCCGCAAGAGGGGGGACUCCAAGAAACUGAUAUUCAAAAGCAAGGCCAACAAGAACUCUGUUAAAGACGUGUCAAAAAACAAGAAGAAGAAGAAGAAGAAAAACAAGCAAUCGGCAGCAGAGAAAGAUCUGGAAGAGUCCAAGGUUCUUGACGACGGGGGAAAGGUGGUCAAAGAGAGCAGGAACGUGAAGGAAAACAAGGGGAGCGAAGAGGAGACAGUGAAAGAGACGGAGGUAGAGGCUGUGUGUAAGGAGGUAGAGGCUGUGUGUAAGGAGGCGGAGGCUCCCUGUGAAGUGGAGGAAGAGGAAAAGGUUGAGGCAGAAACUGAGGAAGGGGUAGAAACCGGGAAGGAGAGAGAUGGAGCUGCAGGAAAAGAUGACAAGAGUGACAAAGAUGGGAGAGUGGAGGAGGGAGAAGGAGCAGGGGCAGAGACUGAGCAGGAAAGAUGGGGAGAGAGAGAAAAUGUGCUGGCAAUUGAUGAUGAAACCGAAACUACCAAGGGUUCGGAGGUGGAGGUGGAGACCAAAAAACAAGGGCAGAAAGAGGAGAAAGGGGGAGGAGCUGAAAUGGAAGUGAAGGAACAUGGGGUUGAGACUAAGGAAGAGACAAAUGGAGGGGAAGAGAAUGGAGAAACGGAGAAUGUUGCCAUGCAACAAGACCCACCUGACCAGGAAGAACAUGUAGUGCAGGAGGAGGUGCAAAAGGUAGUAAAGGAGGAUGGACAGGUCAAAUUGACCAAUCAAUGCCCUGAAGAGAGUCAAAGGUCUGAUGUGUAAACAUCUUCAGACAUCACACCUAAGGGUUCUCCUACCCAUCAUUCAAGUACCUACCAAACAUCAUAACCUGAGAUAGGGGCUCCACAAAGUCACCAUUGAACAGCCUAUAUUGCAGCACCAUCCUCCUACCAUGUAGUCACUCUAUCCUCUGCAGCAGACAUCUCUCCACAACGGACACAUCUCUCCACAACGGACACAUCUCUCCACAACGGACACAUCUCUACCACAGAUGGACACGCACCAGUCUCUCUAACAGCCUGAGACUGAUUCUAUACCUACACAUAGUGAAUGUACCAACUGAGAAUGAUGCGGAGGAGACUACGAGAGUCGCUGGAUAUAAUAGACAAGUUGAUGGGACCAAUGGAGCUUGGGUCUGAAGAAACCAUAGUGGUACAGUUACUGUAUGUCACAUGGUGUUAGAUGAGGAGAACUGGGAAAUGUAGUGGCUGUUGUUGCGACAGGCAAUCCAAUGCAAGGUGAAUGGAACUUUAUUUACUUUUAGCCCGUAAUGUAAAGUACUACAGAUGAUUCUGAUAAUCACUCUGAUUCUUAUGCUAGACAUGAUACAUUCACCUUGCAUUCCAUAUGUGUCAAUAUCCAAGCCAGGUAAAGUGUUUGAUAAUAGAGUAAAUCUCCAUUGAAUGUGUGUGGGCUGAGUGGAAGUGAAAUGUGAUGAGAACCAAACUUGGAAAUGUUGAGUCAACUUUGAGAGUUUAAACACGUUUGAUUUGAAUAGCUUUUCCAAUCAAUGGUCAUUAAAAAGUACUUAGUAAGGUUAUGGGCUGGGCCAUGACUGGAUGUUCAAGAUGGUAACGGAGCACAGAGGAAGUAGAAAAACCAAAAUGAUUGCGCGAAUCAUUUUUAAACGAUUGAGCUGUGUUCGAAUUGCCAUUUUUCAUUGACAUUGGCUUUAAUAUUUCACCUCAAGCUUUUAAAAGCCCCCCUUGACGGUGUCAUUUCUGACCAUAGCAAAAUCAUAAUGUAGUCUUUCAUGGUGUCAUGUUGCUUUCCAUUUGAAAGUGGUGCUGCAUCGAUGCUGUGUGGAGAAAUCAUUAACCGGCUAAUGGACUGUCAGUGGGGUGUCAGUCAAGUCAUACAUUUAUAAUGGGGGCCACUUAAGUGGCUAUUGACAGUGGAAAAUCUCACCUCGAAAAAUAACAAAUAGCACUUAAUCUGGAUUGUGAUUUUCAUAGCGAUUGAUUUUUCUUGUGCUGCAGUUGCUAAGCAAAAUCUGUGGAAACCUGUGUUUACAGAUGAAUAUAGGCUUGUCGUCGUUUUCUAAAUGUGGUAUUUUUCUGAAUAACCGACUUUUCAGAAAUGUUCAUCUCAAUGGAAGAUGUAUUGUAUAGAAUUCCAAACUGUGACCAGGAUAGCCUUAUUAUGAUACUGGGCCUAAAUCGUCAAGUCGAAAUGUCAGAAGUUUGACAAAUAUCAAGGUGGUUUCAGUGUAAUAGCCUGAGAGGGUUGCCACAAUCAGUGUUUGAAGGUAAUAUGAAGGUAAGUUCAGUGUUCUCUGUUUUAGAUUUGAACGGGAGGGGAGGUAAGGAAUUUAGCUUUACAAGGUGUUGUUGAUGGGGAAGUUUCUGUUUUUGAUUUGAAGUUAGGCUCAGUGUAUUCUGUCGUGCUAACGCUAGCUGAAGUGUGCUUUCUAAUGCUCAUACUGGACCUCGCUACCUCCUUAGGCAUAUUGGGGAUUUGUAGCUAUGGGGUCAUCAUUGCCAACUUUUUCCACCAUAUGGUCCAUGCUGUGGGGGUGAGGUCAUUACUAAUGGCCAAGUGGUCAGGGGUCAUGUUUGAACCAUGUUUGAUGGAUUUUCCACAGCUGCUACUUGUUCGAGUACAAAUCAGUUUCCCACUUGUCAAAUAGCAGACUUGAUAUGAAGUCAGGAUAUUUUUUUUAUUUUAUGAUAUUAUCUGUGGUAUUGUUUUCUCCAGCGACACUUCGCGUUAGGCUAUUAUGAGCUUUAAUAAGCACUUGUUUUAUUCAACAUAUUUUAUUUAGCUUUGCGGGUCACCGCUAGAGAGAUAAUGGAAAUUACUUGUCAGUUUUAAUAUUUGUGAGACUAGGACAACUAUGAAUAAGAAAUGGCAUUCUAAAACACCCCUCUGUGAUAAGUGAAGAGAUUACCUGGACUCUGAGACAGAUUUCCCCAUUGGGUUCUUAUCAUGUAAUUGUUUCUCUUUAGAUUUAAACUAAUCGCUUUCUGCCCGGAUAUAAGAUCAUGUAGGACUGUCAUAUUUCAUUAUUCAUACAUUGUUUAUUAUGUGUUCAUCAGUUCUGUUUUUCAUACCAAUUUGAGUCUUUUACAUUUUUUUUAUAUAUAUAUAUGUGAUCCUUGUUCCUUUGUAUAUUAUUUUACACUGAGACAAUACUGCCUGUUCAAGUACAAUGUACAUUAAAUUAUGGUAGGAAAGUGUGGAAAAAUACAGCCAGGGACUAUCAGGUGAUCUCAUGCCUUUACAUCAUUGUAUUUUAACACCUACAGCAUUCCGGUUGGACACCCAUUAACAUGGACAACUGUAACCUCCACAGAGUUGGGUCAAAUGACACCAGGUCCUGUAUCCGUUUGUAUUACCUGGGGGUCGUGAACUCCAUGCCCUCAUCCCUCGUGAUAAGAGAUGUUUAGUGAUUUGUACAUUUGCUCAGCUUUUACAUAAGUAGACUCUGGGGAGAGUGGGUAGACUACAUUUUUCCUGAUACUGAAAAGCAAGGAUAUGGAGAGAAAAGUGAAGCAGGAUCUGUCACUUCAUCAGUUAAAUUAUGCUGAAUGUUGUUUUACUUACCCUUCCGUGAUGAGGGAGACCUGUGACUAACGUAGACCAACCUCAGCCUUGUCUAGAACAAGCGCCUCCAACCCACUCAUGAAAAAAAGGUAAUCUACUAUUUCCUGUCUUUAUGUAACCAUAAUUGUCUCAAGCUCAGCAGUCAGUGGCAGUGCAAUUGUUCUUGAUAAUGCUGUGCAAAAUGUGUGUUCCAGGGUUCAUUUCCUGUGUGUUAUGAUGUGAAAUGAACAGAUUAGAAAUGACAGAAACAUGAUACAGUAGGAUGGCAAUCUCUUUAUGUUGUCACUUUAGCUUGCUCGUGGCCUCUGGAAUUGUAUUGUUAGGUUUCAUCUCCGAUGUUGCUGUUUUCAUCACCUGCGCUGCCAUUUUGAAUGUUGAGUGUCUUUGGUCAUCGGCUACCGACACGCACUGCAGUGUUUGUAAAAACAAAGGUAUUCUUUGUAUUCGAUUUUCAUGGAAAUGUCCACAUCCCUACUGUUCAUGACUGUACAAUUUGUAUAUUAUAAAAUUAUUUAUAUUUAAUGUG